ACAGUACCCUUCAAGAAACAUACUCUGACACUGGGUCCCGUAUCUCCAACUUCAUGGGCAGUAAAUGCAUCCAGCAACCCCUUCGCCUACAACCCGCGCUGUCUGCGCAGAGAUAUCUCGCAAUAUGUAUCUUCACACUCCACGACUUCGCAGCUAAUGUAUGAGACUAUUGUUAAUCAUGAAGAUCUUUAUGGGUUCCAGGUUGAUUUGGAGGGGAACAUGACGAAGUUCACGAGUGGAGAGUUUGGUCUACAUACCGGGGGACAUUUGACGAUUGGUGGGGAUCCGGGUGAGGUAUGUGAUCUUCACGGUCUUGUGUACUUUAUAUGGUCUUACACGAUGUAUAUGUGAUUUAAAACUGACGAGGUACUGAAAUAGGAUUUAUUCGCCAGCCCGGGAGAUCCGGCUUUUUACCUGCAUCAUGCGAGUAUCGAUUGAAUCUGGUAAGUAGCAAGUUCCUCAAUCACUGACCCCAGGGCUUUACAGUUCUCCCUCUCUAUCCAGAGAACCAACAUGGAACUAAUGUUAUAAAGGUGGAUAUGGCAAAUUCAAAAACCGGAAAAGAGGACGUACGCACUCUCAGGCACGAUAACAAUAGGAAAUAUUCCGCCCUCGAGAAACGGGACGUUGGAUGAUGUGCUGGAUAUGGGGUUUGUGGGAGCGGAACCGAUUCAAAUUCGGGAUGCAAUGUCUACGACUGGUGGGGAGUAUUGUUAUGUGUGUACG